AGGAGAACGCGAAAGUGCAUUGAAUGAUAUGUACAGUGAAGAAAUGGUAAAUCAGAGUCAUCAGCAUCGGAAGUUAUGUACAACGAAAUUAAGUAUAGUACACGAGGGGAGGGGGACGCUAUGUACAUGCAAGUUAUGGUACAAGAUGCCAUCGUGUUAGGAAUGCCAAACUGCCCCCAAACCCAUGCAGAAGAACCUCCCUGGUGUGAAGCGGUAUUGGUGACAGCGUGUCAUGCAGUUCGAACACAAUGGAACGAACUUGCAUUACGGUUACAUUGUCGCAGAACAGGGACAGUGUUAUAUCGAUUCCGUGCCGAGGAUACAACGAGGGAAUUGAGACUGUCCGAACGAUGGGCAAUAGCCCACCACGUGUUCAAAGAGGGUCAUACAGGCAGAUUGAGAGGGUUCCCAAGUGUCGUGGAAUUAGCAAUCAGAGGCAAAGUCAUUAUAACAACGAACUUAGACACCGACAUCGAUGUGGUGAAUGGAAUUCAAGGGCAGAAAGUUGGAAUAUGGGCUGAUCCGAGUUGCGCUCUAGUGAAAUUAGAGUGAUAUCGAAGUUCGGAAAUAGAAGAGCUGGGAGAGUCAACAUUUCCUAUCCAACGAACAUUCAAGGUAAACAUGCACAAUGGAGACAAGAAAGUGAUCAAAAGGAGACAGAUAACGAUGGAUGUUGCUUACGCUUUUACAGAUUAUCGAGUGCAUCGGUAUGCCCUUGGGAGGGACCCUUACACCAUUUAACGUGUACGUCACAUUGUCAAGAGCUCGAGGACAUGCCAAUGUACGACUGCUUCAAGACUUCAAGGACACAU